UUGAAUUGGAUACCAAACGUGCAAAUGGCACUGUUGAAUAUUCAAAAAUUGGGAGGAAGAUGUAUUCAGGAAUAUAAUAUAUAGUAGACCUCUGUCAGGUUCAGAUCCAGCUGUCACUGACAAAUGUGAAUGCAAAAGGUCUACAGUGGUAAUACGUAUUUAGUUUAGUACUUUAUUUAGUUUCACUUUGUUUUGAAAUGGUCAGUUUUAGAUGUCAUCAAUAUCACUCCAAGUCAGCAUGAUAUGUGCAUGUUUGAUUUUAGCCUGUUAUCGUCAGAUUCCAUUCCCUAUGGCCUAAGUACUAGAUGGUGCUUUAUCUCCUAUUGUCCACAUCGUGCCACAGCUGUUGUUUGAUUAUGUCUGUCAUAAGGGCAUCAAAGAUACUGCUUGACAGAAUAGCAAUAUUGAGAGAUUGCCCGUGUGCUUCUUUUGGGAGUGUGAUCAUCUGUAAAAAGGUACAAUGAGACAGGGAUGAUUAGAUAGUGGUGAAGAGAGAAAGUCAUUGGAGCACCUGUCACACUUAUGCCUCAUUCACAAUGUGUGACGUGGAGGUGGAUGGCCUUCCCUGAAAAAGGUGAUUGGGGAACUACGCUACUACUUCAUCAGCAUCAAAGUGUGUCGGCCUGCUUCCCCAUCCUCACGAGGAAGGAAUGCUACUGAGAACGCCCAAGAUCCCCCUCACUGCAAGUUGGAUGGUGUUCAAAACAGCAGACACAGUGAAGGCUAAGAGCUGUCCAAGACUGAGCUGUCCACAGAGGGGAUCAAUGAUGGAAUUACAGAACCUCCAGGAGGCCCUGAAGGUGGAAAUACAGGUCCAUCAGAAACUUGUGACCCAAAUGAAGCUGGAUCCACAGAAUGCUGAACUGAAGAAGCAGCUCCAUGAGCUCCAGGCCAAGAUCACUGCUCUGAGUGAGAAGCAGAAGAAGGUGGUGGAGCAGCUGAGGAGAGAGCUGUUGGUGAAGCAGGAGCAGACGGAGAUCCGCGCCCAGGCGCAGCACCCCCCCCAGCCGGACGGGAAGGCGUCCACUCUGCCCUCAGCCCAGUUCCAGCCCGCUCUGCCCCCCCCCAGCCUGAGCACCCCACAGACGAUGGUGGCAGGUCCACCGCUGCUCCCCAACAGAACUCUACCUCUGCUGCUGAAAGCUGCCACCCCCAGCAUGGCCACUUCCAUCGUGACACCACGGCCUUCUGUUGCCAUGGUUACCACCAUCAGCCACAUGCCCAAGCCCACGACGCAGAGCUCGGAUCAGACACAGACCACACCUCUUGGCCUCCAGGCAACAGGCAAGCUGACCAGUAAGGGAGAGCCAUUAAGGAUAGUCUCAAAGAAUGCUGUUGUGGUGCAGGCCACCACCCAGCCUAUCAAAGUUCCACACUUUGUUCCUCCUCCCAGACUGACGCCUCGACCCACCUUUCUACCACAGGUGCGACCCAAACCAGCCUCGCCCGUCACCGCAGUGCCCAUCGCUCCGGCCCCCACCGCCAGCUCUCUGCCCCCCAUGUUGGCGGCCCCCCAGCUGCUGCAGAGGCCCGUCAUGUUGGCAACCAAGCUCAGCGCCGCCUCCAUGCCUGCAGCCCCCGGCGCCAUCACGCAGCUCCGGAUCCUCAACGGACAGUCCGGCACCACCAUCACCAAGACCCUGACCAGCACACAGCUCACGGGCAUCGUCAUCACCACCCCGGCCACCAUCGCCCCCAUCCAACUGACCACAUCCCCUCUCCAGCAGGCCAGCUUCCUCAGCGCUGAUGCUAAGGCUGAGAUCAUUCGGGAUGGAGCAGAACCCAAGCCGUCCCUGAGGGUGGCCACGACCCCAUCUCCUGUCUCUGUGACCAUCCCCUCCCCUCCUCCCCCUCCCCCACCCCCUCCCCCUCCCAAACAAGAGGAGAGUCCUGAGAAACUUGCCUUCAUGGUGUCCCUUGGGCUAGUGACACAUGGCCAUUUAGAAGACAUCCAGAGUCGGAGACAAGAGAGGAAGCGGCGCACCACAGCGAACCCCGUGUACAGUGGGGCUGUGUUUGAGCCUGAGCGGAAGAAGACAGCUGUGACCUACCUGAACACCCCUCUCCAUCAAGGCACCAGAAAGCGAGGUCGCCCUCCUAAAUACAGCAGUGUGUCGGAGUUGGGCCUUCAUCCCCCCGCCAUCCCCACCGGCCGCCACUCGGCCCCCCAGGCCCCCAGGGGCCCCGACUCCGGCUCCGGGGGGCCUUCUUUACCCGUCCACCCACACACUCUUCCUCUGCCCAGCCCCAGCUCUGGGGAUGGAGAUAUCCAUGAGGACUUCUGCACUGUGUGCAGACGCAGUGGUCAGUUGCUAAUGUGUGAUACAUGCUCACGUGUCUUUCAUCUGGACUGCCUGGAUCCACCCCUGAAAACCAUUCCCAAGGGCAUGUGGAUUUGCCCAAAAUGCCAUGAUCAGAUGAUGAAGAAGGAAGAAGCAAUCCCAUGGCCUGGAACACUUGCUAUAGUCCAUUCAUAUAUUGCAUACAAAGAAGCAAAAGAGGAGGAGAAGCAGAAACUGGUGAAAUGGAGGGAGGAUCUGAGGCAAGAAAGGGAGCAUCUUGAACAAAGAGUCAAACAGCUGAGCAGCUCAAUAACAAAAUGCAUGGAGACCAAGAACACAGUGCUUGCACGCCAGAAGGAUAUGCAGGUGUCUCUGGAGAAAGUCAAGGGUCUGGUCCGCCUCAUCCAAGGCAUCUGCCUCCCGCCCCUUCCUGAAGCACCAUCCAAUCCCAGCGGCCUGGGCAUCUGCCUCCCGCCCCUUCCUGAAGCACCAUCCAACCCCAGCGGCCUGGGCAUCUGCCUCCCGCCCCUUCCUGAAGCACCAUCCAACCCCAGCGGCCUGGGCAUCUGCCUCCCGCCCCUUCCUGAAGCACCAUCCAACCCCAGCGGCCUGGGCAUCUGCCUCCCGCCCCUUCCUGAAGCACCACCCAACCCCAGCGGCCUGGGCAUCUGCGUCCCGCCCCUUCCUGAAGCACCAUCCAACCCCAGCGGCCUGGGCAUCUGCCUCCCGCCCCUUCCUGAAGCACCACCCAACCCCAGUGGCCUGGCUAACGGUGACACAGACCUGCCCAGCUCCAAGCACACACACUGUGGGAGCGUCAGUGACAACAUCAACGGUAACAGUAACAGCAACAGCAACAGCAGCAGCAGCAGCAGCAGCACGGACAUCUCAAAGAAUGGCAACACAGAUGAGCAAGAGGAGCAGGAGAAGGAGGAGGACGUCCUCAACAGCACUGGCAACAGCAGUAACCUCAGCAAAGCCCCGGACGCGGAGCCCCCUCCAGCCCAGGCAAUACCCCCCAGACCUGUGGAGGGAGCCAAAUAACACCUAGCCAUCUGUGGACAACUGUGAGCUACCCGUCUAGGAAAACCCCUUCAGCACCUUGGUAAGGUGUCCAAAGUUGCCAAUCAAAGUACAGUUUCUUUUUUCAUCUCGUCAUUGAAGUGUCCGUGAGGAUGGGUUUCCUGACUGCCAGUCAGAGAGGCCGAGGCGUUUGUCCAGUACCAGCAGUAUGUAAUUUCAAGGUCUAUAACGUCAGUGUAGAGGAUGAUCAAGGUCUACUAACGUCAGUGUAAAGGAGGAUCCUGAUGACUCUAAUGAACAACGCUAGUAAUAAUAAUAGUAAUAAAGGUUUCAAACAUCACGCCAACGUGUGCCUGCAACAGUCGCCGUAGCGCCUCUUUAUGGGGAUGGGUCUUUAGGGGGCAUCGCUCUGCAGUGAGAGAGAUCUGAAUUCCCAUUUGAAGCUUCUUCACCAACCUCUCCACCAUUCUGAAACCAAAACACAGCUCUGCAGCGGUCAUCAAGCAAGCAACUCCUCAGUGUAUUUCUCCUGUUUCUUUCAUUAUUGUGUCUGACAAGCAUCUGUCAUUCUUACCACUGGCUCACCAACUAUGUCCUUUUCCUACAUCCAGUCAUCACGACUAACUCCCCAAAAGCUCAUGCUCCAAAGGGACCCCAUCCCAAUAAUCUGAAGGCUAGGUGGAUUCCCGUCUGCACCAGUGCUCAUUGUGUACGAGAUACAUGCCAUAGUUUUUUUAGCCAGUGUUUUGGAUUUGUGUGGUCACAUGCCAAUGGACUUAAUUCUGGCCUUGGUCUGGAUUCUAUUCUUCAUCUCUUCGUCUUUUUUACAUCCUGAAGCACUGCUGACAAGAACUGUGCUGUUAAGGCCGUGGAGAUGAAUGGGUUCAAGAGGGGAUGAGAGUUGAUGGUUGAAGAUGACUUGGAUGGUGUACAUUAGUGCAGAUCUCAUCUCAGGCUUGUUCAACUCACACCCAACUGCUAAGCGAAGACCUUUCGCUAAAGAUCAGCAGGUUUAGUAAGCGAUAUAGAAGAAGUACCUGUCAAAGUGCUAUGGGCGUUCUUUUUUUGGGGGGUGGGGAUGGGGAACUUGAAGCUUUUGCUCAAACAUUUGAAGUUAAAGGUAAAAGGAGAGAACAAUGAUUUACGUUAUUUUUUACAUAUGUGGGGAAAAUAUUCAGGUCUUCCUAGUGUUGAAAUGUUAAGGUACAAAUCUUUACAAGUGCAUUUCUGUUUCAUAAAACAAUUAUUUCUAAUUAAAGUGGUAGGACUGGAAACAUUCUGUAAAUAUAUUUUCUUUAUUUUUUUAAGAUUAACUUUGCAUAUAAUUUGUUGAAUUCUCAACUGCCAAAUGUUUCUGAAUCCAAAUAUAGCAGGGAAAUGUCUUAAGUUCUUAAUGGAAUCUGAACAUAAUGUACCUGAAGGUUGUGCAUAACCAAGAACAUCUGUAACAGGUACUGCUUCUGUAAGACUUGACCCUUGGAGUGAAGAAGAAGAUAUCAUUAUCAGAGAGUCCAGCUAGAAGAGCGGUGCAACCACUACGGCUUGCUUGUGAAUGACCAUGCCUUUAUUAUGUGACCAUUUUGAUUUGCCAACUGCAGUUAGUGAUAUUCUGUAUUGUCCUAGCUGACUUAUGGUGACAUGGAAAACCUGUCCCAUUGAACUUCCUACAUUUCCAUAUUAUGCACACUGGUCUCAAAUUUAUGAUCAAAUCAAUAUUAGUCAGUUUAACACUGACGUAGCAUCUUAAGGGCUUUCUUUAUUGUUUUGGUUUCUCAGUUGCCGUGGUUUCUUAUCUUGAAAAGAGCAAUUAGGACCCCUAUAAGCACAAGAGUGAUGGCUUGACAGUCACAACAUAAUAUGCUGGUGUAGUACUUAAUCUGGAGUACUGUUUUGUAUAUUCCCAUAUUUAAUGCAUCUAGAUCAAACGUUUGGACCUUUAUCUGGAGCCUAUGACCACCCCUUCAUAUUAAAAAUGGUGCGGUGAACACAGGACUACCAGAGCCUAAAAAAUAAUAAUUCUUUGUGAAUGACAUUUGUUCUCAAUUUGUUGGGUUGUCUUAUGUAAAGGUCAUUACUGGUGGUUUCCCUCAUGACUUUCUCCAUAAUCUCUAUGUCUCAUCUCUUAAAUGACAGAAAACGACUAUAGUAGAGAGCACAACCGUAUAGGCCUACUCAUGUUCUCCUCAUGGGUACUUAUCACAGAGGGCAGCAGGCACGUGUGAGUUAGGACCAGUGUUGUUUUCAUGUGUUAUGUCUUGUGUUUUCUACAGUAUGUGCACACUGCUGCGCUCACCUCUUCUUUUGGGCCUUUAGUAGCAUUAGACAUCUCCUAUAUUGCGACUGCCUUAAGAAAUAAUGUUCAUCAUGUUUUCCAGAAGUGGUGUGUUUGGUUCAUGUAUUGUUGGUCUUUACUUUUCAUUGUCUUAAAGAAUGUUUGUGUGUGGUGUAUCUCUUCAUCAAAAUAAUCUUCCUUUGCUUAAAAUAGAGAACGGAUUCUCACAGGGAGAGGGAGGGCUGGGCAUAGGGACUGCCUGCUUUUGUUUUCUGAUGAAGUGUAGUGUGAGGUCAGUGCCUAAAUAUGUGUCCUUCUGUAGUUGAUUAUGGAGUGCCCUAUGUGUCAUAAAGAGAAUAUUACAUUGAACAGUUACAGACAAGCCACAUUAUUUUUUCGGUUUCACAACAACUUUAUUUGUAAAUAUACUACAGCACUUUCAGAACCUUAUUAGUAUUAUUAUAUUAUUUUCAUAACACCUUUGUACCAUUUUUAUUUAUUUCCGGGGUAAGACUUUAGUUACAAUCCCUUGUAGUGUGUUGUUCUGUGAACUGAUAUUAUUUUUACAUUUUGAUCUGAGUUGAAACAAAUAUAAUACUUCAAGGCAACAAUUUCCAUGACUUUCAGAAAUAGGGCUGGUUAUUUGAAGCCAGGCAAGUUGCAAGUGAACAGACAAAAUCAAAAGAUAUAUCUUUAUAUAAAAAUAUCAUUGUACGAUAUUUGAGGACUGUUGUUGUCAUGCUUUGUCUUUUAAUAUUUUAUUUUGUAGGAAUUCAUUUAUUUUGCUUUUUAAGUGAUUACUGCUUGAAAAUGCCAGGAUUGGUCAAUGUGCAUUUCAGCUUUGCUUCUCCAUGUGCUGCAAUUUAAAAGCACUGGUAACUCUGAAUCGGAAGUGUGUGACUUAUAUGAGACCAAUUUUUGAAGUGACAUGAACAUGGCAAAACAAAUAAAGGCCAUCAUCUGGACCUGAAUAUAGUAUAUAGUAUCUUAACAUGAAACAUUAAAUAUCGGCUAUUGUGGAGUUUACAGUCAUGCUAAAUUUAUUUCAGUCAUGCCUCAAGGCAAAUACUAUUGUGGAGUUUACAGUCAUGCUAAAUCUAGUUCAGUCAUGCCUCAAGGCAAAUACUACUGUGAAUGUCAGAUAUUUGUUGAACUCUUCUGGUGAAGUGCACCAUUUAAAUGAACGAGUAUUUUCCCCCAAACCCAAAGAAUAUGGCCAUGAGCAUGUCUCUGUUUUACAUGACUCAGAUUUACAGAACUUCUCACAUGAAUAUGCACCAGCAAAGUCACGGUAAUAAUGUUUGAUGACCGCUUGCAAAGGUUUUAUUUUCAUUUUCUAUAGCUACAAAGAUUGUGUUGCAAAUGAAAAAAGUGCCCAAAAUUAUACAUAUUUCUCAUUAUACUGGAGAGGGGGAAAAUAUACUAAUUUUACCUCAACUAUCAUGUUAAAAAUGAGUUGCCCAUGUUUUGGAAUAACGGCUGGAGCAGAUACUCAGACCAUGCUUGAUGAAUAAUUAGGGUACUGUGCUUAUUCAGAAAAACAAUUCAGAUCAUUUGUUUGGAUGAGAAUGUGUUAAACAGUGUUAAAGAAGUACCAUUUGGCUCUUUGCAUGUGUUCAAGGUUCAGAAUUGAAAGCAAGAGUGGGACAAACAAUCUUAUGAUGAUGGCAUAUGUUUCUGCUAGUUCCAUAUUGCAUACACUUACAGGACCUGUCCUAAAGGAAGCUGAUGAAUAUCAAAACAUUAAAAUAGGUGUUAAAAGAUAAAUGCCCCCCUGUGCAAGUAUACUUGUGUGCUGAAAGUGAGAUUUUCUAUGUCGUCUGUUUCCCCCCUGUUCACAACAGUGCAUUACAGUCUGCAACAUAAUGUUGUUUAUUGAACUGUUCUCUCUCAGCUCAUCUAAACACAACUGUGACCUUUCUGCACCCACAGCAGUCAUAUCAAGCCCUUUGGUAAUGUGCAUUACCUUCUCCCACUGGAUGUUGUGCUAAGAGUUGUUUAUGGUAUGGUCAAAUUCUGGUACUUCCUCUUAGGUUCUUUGUUUGGCGUAGAGACACAAAAACAAGAGGUAUGCUUGAUGUGCUGCAAACUUUGGAAAUUAUUUAUUAC